AUGACCUCCAACGUUAGCUACGCAGUCUCAGAAAGACCUCUCGGGACUCCUCGCCAUGUACGCAUCGUCACCAUUGGAGCAGGAGCGAGUGGUAUCAACAUGAUUAGAACCUUAAGGGAGAAGCUUUCGGACUACGAGCAUGUGGUUUACGACAAGAACCCUUCAGUGGGAGGAACCUGGUAUGAGAACCGAUAUCCAGGCUGUCGUUGUGAUAUCCCAGCCCACAACUACCAGUUCUCGUGGAAAAAGAACCCUGCUUGGAGUACGUUCUUUGCUAAGGCGGAGGAAAUCGAGAGGUACCUUUGUGAUAUUUGUAGAGAGUCCGAUCUAGGGACCAGCAUAAAAACAUCUCAUGUCGUCAAAAGUGCAAUUUGGAGCGAAGAAGAAUCUUUGUGGCACUUAAAGGUCGAAAAUACUGAAUCUAAAGAAUUGUUUGACGACUUUUGUCAUUUCCUUCUCGACGCUACUGGAAUUCUCAAUAAAUGGAAAUGGCCCGACAUUCCUGGCCUUAACAACUUCAAGGGUGACCUGCUGCAUACCGCGAACUGGCCAAAGGACUUUGAAUAUUCUGGAAAGAGAGUGGCAGUCAUUGGAAAUGGAUCAUCGGGCGUGCAGCUAGUUCCCGCCAUCCAAAAAGACGUUAAAGAGCUGGUGCACUUUGUGCGAUCACCGCUUUGGGUGACCCCUCCUCCACAGCAAAUGCUUUUUGCAAUGAAGUCAGAGAGUAUAUUAGAAGAUAUCAAGAUGGAGGGCGACAAGUACACUCCCGAGCAAAUCGAAAAGUUUGCAUCGGAUCCAGAGUAUUAUCUGAAAUAUAUGAAGAUUGUUGAAGAGCAAAUCAACAAUAGAUUCCCAGGGACCAUCAAAGACAGUGAUAUAGCACGCUACACCAAGCAAGCUCUAACCCAGUACAUGAAGGCUACCUUAAAAGGUGAUGAGAAGUUGAUCAAAGCACUUGUUCCCGAUUUUGCUGUGGGAUGUCGGCGUUUAACACCUGCCAUUGGCUACUUGGAAUCGCUCUCCGCUGAGAACGUUCGUGUUGUGACAGAUACUAUAACGGAGGUGGGAGAACACACCAUAAAAACAUCUACUAGAGAAGAGAUCGAAAUCGACGUUCUCAUUUGUGCCACUGGCUUCGAUGUCAGCUUUUGCCCUCGCUUUCCAAUAAUUGGCCGAGAAGGCAAUUUACAGGAUUUAUGGAAAGACGCUCUUCCUAGGGCCUACAUGUCGAGCAGUGUCCCUGGGUUCCCCAACUACUUCAUGUUCCUCGGACCAAACGCACCUAUCGGUCACGGCUCAGUCUUCACUAUAACUGAGCACGUCGCAACCUACAUCGCGAACAUAAUCCUCAAAUGCCAGACCGAAUCCAUCCUCUCCCUAGCGCCCUCCACCGAAGCCCUCGACGAUUUCUACGAACACAUCAAUGCGUUUAUGCCUCGCACGGCGUGGGCUAGCACAUGUCGCUCCUGGUUCAAGAAUGGAAAAGAGGACGGCCCUGUUACGGCACUGCAUCCGGGUAGUAGGAUUCAUUGGUUUCAUAUGUUGGAGAAGUUUCGGGGUGAGGAUUUUGUGUAUACGAGGGAGAAGAAAAAUCGGUUUUCGUAUUUGGGAAAUGGGUUUAGUACGAAGGAAUUGGGGGAUGGGGAUCCGAGUUGGUAUCUGGGGACUUUGAAGUCUACGGCAAAAUGA